AUGGCAUACAGGACUUCUACUGGUCGUGUGAACGAGUAUGAUGAUCGUGACUAUUACCCCCCAGGACCACCCCGCCGUCCCCUCUCGACCCGCGGCUAUGACGACCUCGACUUCGAACGACGGGAGACUCGUGGAAGCCCACCUCGACGAGCACCAGUUCGCGAGUACGAAGACACUGAAAUAUCCAUCCGUGAACGGGAGCGGACUGAACGCACCCCGGCCUUCCUACGAGAAGAGCCCAGGCGAGGUGAGGCUGGUGCGCUGGUAUUACGCGCAAGAGAGAUCGAGACAAUGGAUCGACGACGACCUCGCAGCCCCAGUCCUGUACGCCUGCGAGAGCGUGUUGUAGAGCGGCGAAAAAGCCUCAGUCCGCCGCCGGCCGAGCGGACUCGCACCCGAAUUAUCGAACGCGACCGAGAGAGAUCCCCCGCACCUCCGUCAAUGACCAUAGAGAGAAGGCCUCGAUUCAUAGAGAGGGAGCGGUCACCCUCGCCAACAACACUAGUGCGUGUCGAAUCACGCCACGUCGAGCGACGCAGAGAGAGGUCACCGACGCCGACGCCCGACAGGGAAGAAGAACGCAUUCGCAUCGUCCGCCACGAAAGAAUACCAUCUCCAACCCCCUCUCCUUCUCCGCCGCCUCCGCUGCCAGCGCCGCCUGUCAUCCGUGGUCCCACCAUUGAGCGAGAGGUCAUCACUCACUACAGAGAUAUCGACCAUGGUGUCGAACGAGCGAAGGCUCCAACCCCACCGCCGCCCGCUCCUCGUCCCUCACGUGCCAGGGAGCGUGAAACUGACAUUGACAUAUAUACCUCUCGCGGCGAAACCGAGGUUGACAUCCACAAGCGCACCCGGUCCCGCUCGCGGCCUGCAGAGCGCCGGCCUGAGCGACCUCAACCUGCCACUCGCCCUUCUUACUACGACGAUGAGGUCAUCGUGCAGAACGACCGCGACCGCUUGCGCAUCAGCUCCGAGCACAAUCAUCGCCGUGCACACUCCGCUGCGCCUCAAAGACCUGGCUAUGAUGAGGAGGCCGAUGAGAUCACUGGCAAAAUUAACUCCCGCGGCCGUAUGGGCGAAGCCCUCAACGGCGCCACCAAAGACUGGGCCAUCAUUGACGUGCCACCCGGUACGGAGCGUGUACGCAUGGAUGGGGUUGGCGGUGGUGGAGCCGAAGUCACCUGGCAGCGGUAUAGUGGUGUUCGGCGAGCCAAAUUUAUUCCCGAGCGCGACGGUACGGUUGUCUCCAGCAGCAGCACUUCCGUGAACGAGCCGACCUCCGAGCGAGACCGGCUGAGCGUACAGGUUUAUGACUCGCACCGGGACCCGUCCCGAGACCGAUCCGUUGCCGUAGAGGAUGUCCAUGACACACGCAUUUCUAUCCGUGAUCGUGAUCGUGAUCGUGACCGUGAGCGCGAAAGACGGCCUGUCAAGAAGCAGCAGGAGAUGUGGACCGAAAUCACCAAGGACUUGGUGAUUCGCGAGGCCAUUGAUCAGCUCGGCUACGAGUUCGAGGAAACUGAAUACUUUUUCUACGUCAUGCAGUAUCUGCGUUAUGAGGAUGUUCUGGAGCUCGUCAAUGUUUCCGACUCGAUCCGCAAAGCUCGCAGAGAGAGAGCGAGAGAGAUUGAGUGGGAGAGAGAGGCCAGAGAGAGAUGGGAGCGACGUCACCGACCGCGCCACUCUGGCAGCUGGGACAAGUACGAUGACGAGCGGGUUUAUGAGCGCGAGCGUGAAGUCAUUGUUGAUCAUCAGCGACCAGUCCGAGGGUACUUGCGUUGA